AAAUCAGUGCACUUCUGUGCGGCACCUCAACACAACUGAUUAAGAAGAUAAGAAGCAAGAGACAUUCAGGGCAUGGAAAGAAGAGCUGCUGAGCGAAGCUUCCUUCUGAUCACAGUGCUUCUAGGGUACAGCAUUGUGUUUUCAUCCCCUGCCAUCAUUCCCACCAUACGGAACCCAAGCAGAAUCUGGAAAAGAGACCUCUCUGAACAAUCUAUUAGUAAUAAAGAAUUAAACUCCUUUCUAUCCAGACCAGACUCAUGGAGCCAUCAGAUUCCCUCUAUAACGUUACAUGACUGGGGUAUUAAAAUGUUAUCAUCAGAUGUUCUCUCCAAUGACCCUUCAGAGGAAGCAACAAGAAAAUUAAUUAUGCAGCCCAUUGCCAGGCAGAUGUUGUUUAGUUCUAAUGAUGUGCCAAAGAAGAUGUUACCGGAGGAUGCUGAGCUUAACAGAGUACUAACUGAGCAAAGAUGGCUGCCAGUGUGGCCAACUAAUGAGAUGGAGAAAAGAAGUAUUGUGGUGGCAGAUGAUGCAGCUUUCCGGGAGAGGAGCAAGAUGCUCACGGCAAUGGAAAGACAGAAAUGGCUCAAUUCUUACAUGCAAAAACUUCUAGUUGUAAAUUCUACCUAACUCUUAUCCUCUGGUCAGCUGUGCAUUCAGAGCUGUCAGCAUGUAUUCACUGUUAAUAAAAAUUAUAUCAAGUUGCUGCAUUUGUUCAAAGUCCAAAUGCGCAUACCCUCCGUCUCCCUCAUGUCAGUCUGUAUGCCUGUUUUUAUAUCUACCGGUAAGGGUCAUUUACCAACAUCGGAAGAAAAGUGAAAAUGUGCAGUAACCCAUAGUAACCAGACUUGCCUUCAUUGUCUGUUUAGCAUGAUGAGCCACUGUCUAAUUGAUUUCGCUAUACUCGUACAUAUGCCCUUUUUGUGGAAAUCUCACAGGACAAUAUUCUUAAAAGUGUAAUAAAAGAAAUAUCUUUAACAAAUUAUAAAAAUGGCUAUUUUUUCAGGAUCAUAAGGAGUGCAGAGUGGCUGGUGCCAUCACCCAGGGUGCAGGUUUACAUUAUUGCUAUUUCAAUAAUUCACAUGCACAGUAGAAAUAUACAUUAGGUCCGAAGUCACCGAGAAGUUCUUGGGAUAGGCUCUCUGAGCAUGUCAGAGAAUCUCAGGAUAGUCCCAAACAGAUGCAAGAAAAAGGAUGGUGAGGAAAAAGAAGCCAAGCAGUUAAAAUAUAUCUCAGAUGCCCAGUACAUAUCAGGAGGACCAACGCAUAGUAUCAGAACAAAUUAUUGAUCAUUACAGAAGAAUGAGAAUUGAUGCACAUCCCUAGCCCCAGGCCAUAAUGGUGCCCAACUGACCAUGUAAAAUUGAAGGGUUGUGCACAGCCAAGCACAAUGACACCUUGCACAAUGUAAGACUUGCACACCUAUUUGUCAGUCCGGCUCCCUUGCUCCUACUCCUCCGGCUAUUUACAUUGUGGGUGGUGCAUGUGACAUCAUGAUGUCAAAAUAUUUCAUCCCAGAGAGUAGAGGAGUUCCUGAGGAAAACCACAAAGAGGUAGUUGAAAAAAUUUUGGGCACAGUCUGUGAACUGUAUUUCACUAUGUAUUUCACUAUGACGUUUCUUCAACAAAUAUUCUUCAUUCUACUUUAGGGAGUCCUUUCAGAGUCUGGAUGAAUUC